CCCGGAGCGGGAGCUAUUAAAACUAGUCAGGUGUAGGGUCCUGCAUGAGGGACCUCGGCGAACGGCAUGCAGGAGAAGGACGUGGGUUAUAAUAAAUGGACUCAGCCGGGUUGGAGGAUAGAGCCGAAGUAUUCCAACAAAGUUCUGAUUGGCAACUGGGUGGAGGAGAAGCUACAGUUCACCCGAGAGUGUAAAACAGCAAACAGCUCCAAUCGUUUGGACUUCAGGCCCCAUCCGGAGCACAAGCCAGAUGUGACUGUGAGACGGCAGGCGUUGCGCCGAUCUGAGGGUCUUCCGCCCAGGCUACUCCUGUUCCAUCAUGACACAGCCAAAUCACACAACCUGGUCUCGCUCUAUGAUGAGUCAUAUGGCCGGCAGCGCUCCUCUGACCUCCCUGCCCUCCGCACCUGGCACUCUGACAAAAUGGGCUGGAUACCCGAGAGGUCUGAUCACCCGAUCCAAGGUCCUCCAACGAACUGGGGUCUGCUGGAGUCGCAGGCGCGGGUGGCGCAGCAGCAGGGUGUGUUGCCCAUGCUGAGUGUGUAUAAAGGCACGUAUCCUCUUCACCCCACAAGCGCUUUCUGCCAGCCUCGCCAUGCCAGAGCGCCACGCCUCAUCUCCGGCAACAAGAGAAACCUGGAACUGGACCACAGGCCCGGAAACCCAGCCAGCCUGCUGCCAUGUGUCUAACCCUGCUGUAGCACAAACAGGCCAUGUGCUUCUACAGCAAUUAAAAGUUACAGCUUACAAAACCCUCACGAGUCUGAAGAACCUCUAUCACAUAAAGAUUCCAUACCAAUUAAAGGUCAAUGAUUAAGGAACCUUUAUAUGAUGUUAAAGUUACAUACCUAUUAAAGGUCAAUGAUUAAAGAACCUCUAUAUGAUGUUUAAGUUCUACACCAAUUAAAGGUCAAUGAUUAAAGAACCUUUAUAUGAUGUUAAAGUUACAUACCUAUUAAAGGUCAAUGAUUAAAGAACCUCUAUAUGAUGUUUAAGUUCUACACCAAUUAAAGGUCAAUGAUUAAAGAACCUCUGUAUGAUGUUAAAGUUCUACACCAAUUAAAGGUCAAUGAUUAAAGAACCUCUGUAUGAUGUUAAAGUUCUACACCAAUUAAAGGUCAAUGAUUAAAGAACCUCUGUAUGAUGUUAAAGUUCUACACCAAUUAAAGGUCAAUGAUUAAAGAACCUCUGUAUGAUGUUAAAGUUCCAUACCUAUUAAAGGUCAAUGAUUAAAGAACCUCUGUAUGAUGUUAAAGUUCCAUACCAAUUAAAGGUCAAUGAUUAAAGAACCUCUGUAUGAUCUUAAAGUUCCAUACCAAUUAAAGGUCAAUGAUUAAAGAACCUCUGUAUGAUGUUAAAGUUCUACACCAAUUAAAGGUCAAUGAUUAAAGAACCUCUGUAUGAUGUUAAAGUUCUACACCAAUUGAAGGUCAAUGAUUAAAGAACCUCUGUAUGAUGUUAAAGUUCUACACCAAUUAAAGGUCAAUGAUUAAAGAACCUCUGUAUGAUGUUAAAGUUCUACACCAAUUAAAGGUCAAUGAUUAAAGAACCUCUGUAUGAUGUUAAAGUUCUACACCAAUUAAAGGUCAAUGAUUAAAGAACCUCUGUAUGAUGUUAAAGUUCUACACCAAUUAAAGAUCAAUGAUUAAAGAACCUCUGUAUGAUGUUAAAGUUCUACACCAAUUAAAGGUCAAUGAUUAAAGAACCUCUAUAUGAUGUUAAAGUUCCAUACCUAUUAAAGGUCAAUGAUUAAAGAACCUCUGUAUGAUGUUAAAGUUCUACACCAAUUAAAGGUCAAUGAUUAAAGAACCUCUAUAUGAUGUUAAAGUUCUACACCAAUUAAAGGUCAAUGAUUAAAGAACCUCUGUAUGAUGUUAAA